AUGAGUCGAAAUAUUCAACAAAUUCGUUCUCGACGUAUACAAUGUAUUGUAUUAUCAUCUGAUGAUGAGAUUGACAAUAAUAUCAACGAAAAACAUAGUCAAGACGAUAGAAAACCGAUCAUAUCAACAAUAAAUCAAUUACAAGUAGCAACAUCUUAUUCAAAAAAAUCAAAAUCAGUUGUACCAAAACAAUCCUUAACAACAACAGCAGCCAGAAUACCAGAAGAAAUUGGUUUAACUUCACCAAUGAAAUUUUCAUAUGAUCUAUCUCAACAAAACUAUUUACCAUAUACACUUACGUCUAAGAAUCAAGAACGUCUAUCUAUUUUACCAACAUAUCCAUCAACGAAUAAUAAUAUCAAUGAUCAACCAUCAAUAUUAUUAUUAUUGGCUAAUAUUUCCAACAGUCAAUUAUCCUCACAAGAACGAACAUAUCGUCAACAAGGUACAUAUAAAUGUAGUUUUUCAAUUCAAGAUCGUACUGCAUUGACAACAUCAUUUAUGGUUCAACAAUACAAUACAUAUUAUGAAUCAAUUAUUGAACGUUUGAAUGUGGAUUUGUCUAUUUUGGAUUAUAAUUAUUUACGUUUAAAAAAAUUUAUUCAUUUAUGUCAUUUAGCAUACAUUCGUGUGUUACCGUCGAGACGAUCUAUUAGAUUUAAUUUUGAUAUGAAUGAAAAAGAAUUCCCACAAUUAUUGGAAUUUUAUUUACAAAUUGAUAUUGAUUUAUUCUAUAUGAAAACAUGUUCAUUUCGUCAAGCACAACCAAGAAAAAAAAGUGAAGGUAUAUUUUGUACAACGACACCAGAAUGUCGUUAUGUUAUGACACCAUGUCAUAGUUGUUCAUUAUGUUGUUCAUUGAAUCAAGCAAAUAAUCGUCGACAACAUUCUGUAACAUUUAAUCUAUAUCAAAAAUAUCGUUUCGUCAAUGGAUAUGAAUCCAUUCUUAAUUGUCCUGCUUCAUGUAAUACAGAUAAUAUUAUCUAUGCACUAACAUGUCAAUGCGGUGAUUAUGAUUAUAUUGGUGAAACAAGUGGUAAUCUAUUGAAACGUUU